CGCCGCUGCCGCUGCGACAGCCGCUUCCUGGACCGGGCCCGACGCUCUCGCCCUCCGGCCCGCGACCCGCCCUGCCCGGCCCGGCCCAGCCCAGCGCCACCAGCCAGCCAGCCAGCCAGCCAGCCGCCGAGGCGCCCUCCGCGACCGCGGGCCAUGGCCGAGUGGAGCCCCGCCCAGGCUCUUCAGUGGGACACGGAGACCCCGCCCAUAGCCGCUGCCCAGCCCCUUGGCGCCCCAGAGCAAACCCCCAUGGGGGAUGUGGGCCCUGAGACAGCUGACCUUUCCCUGACGGUCAUGGCUGAGAUCCAAGCCGUGGAGAGCAAGGUGGAUUCCUACGCCGCGCAGCUCAUGAGCCUGGAAGGCAGGAUGGGGAUGGCCGAGACCAAGCUGGACGGCUGCGAGAAGACAGCGGUGGAGUUCGGGAACCAGCUGGAGAGCAAGUGGGCCGCCCUGGGGACUCUGAUCCAGGAGUACGGGCAGCUCCAGAGGAGGCUGGAGAACAUGGAGAACCUGCUCAAGAACCGGAACUUCUGGAUCCUGAGGCUGCCCCCGGGCUCCAAGGGGGAAACCCCCAAGGUCCCGGUCGUGUUUGACGAAUCUUCCUGCAGCUUCUCCGAGCAAGAGUGGAGGAGUUUGGAUGACGAGCAGAAGGACCUCUACAAGCACAUCAUGAGAUGCAACUACAAGGCCGUGGUCUCGAUGGAUGCUGCCGUUUCCAAGCCUGACCUCCUGUCUCGGAUUGAGGAAGGGGAAGCUGCGGGUCAGGGGGCAAGUGAGGGCAGAGAACCACUGAAGGAGUCCAGCCUGGGCUGUCCGAUUUCUGCUCUCCAUGAUAGUUCCUGGAUGGAACAGGAGGACAUCGCCCUGGUCAAGAGCAUGGGGGACUUGGAGGAGAGAGAAAUCCCUGGAGACUCCCCCAUGGAUGCUCAGCAGCUGCUGGAGGAAGACCCUGAAAGCUUAGAGUUGCCUGGCAUGUUCCCCAGAAAGUGGACGGAGGUCUUCCAGGGUCCAGGCGAGGAACUGUUGUGCGAGAGCCAGCCCAUCUUGAUUGCCCCGCCCCGGAAGCCGCUGGGGAGCAGCUUGAGGCGUUCCGCUCGCUGUGUGGCUGAUGUCCGGAAAGGAGACUCCUCCCUGCUGGCCGUGGAGGCUCACACUGGCCCGUACAUCUGCUGCGAGUGCGGGGAGGGCUUUGUGGACAAGCAGCUUUUCACCACCCACCAGAAGAGCCACGGCGGAGGAGGGACUUAUCCUGUCAUGGACACGGGAGGAGGCCUGAAGCCAAAGCUGGGCCCGAUCACUCUGCCGAGAGCCCCAACCCCAGCCCGCCCCAAGCCUCCCAAGCGCCCGGAGCCGCAGAGGAGCUCCACCUUCAAGCCUGGGGCGGGGAAGCGCCCGGGAAACCACAUGGUGGAGAGGCCCUACACCUGCACCCAGUGCAAGGAGAGCUUCAAGCUGGAGGUGAGCCUGCUCCUCCACCAGAAGCUGCACACCGGCAAAGGCGACGGGCCCCUGACGUGCACCUACUGCGGCAAAGAUUUCCGCGACCUGUCCAAAGCCGUCCGGCACCAGCGCAUCCACACGGGCGAGAGGCCCUACCAGUGCACCGAGUGCGGGAAGAGCUUCAUCCGGCGGGACCACCUCCUCAAGCACUGGCGCGUCCACACGGGCGAGACGCCCUACCAGUGCAGCACCUGCGGCAAGAACUUCCGCUACAAGGAGUCGCUGAACUGCCACCAGAAAAUCCACACCCGGAACCCGGCCGUGCACCACCUGUCAGGGGGCGCUCCACCCGGUAUCAUCGGCUUGAAGCAGGAGCAGCCGUAGCGGCGCUCGCCCGAGGUCAGCCGCGUUGGGCCCGCUUUGCCCCCCGUGCCCCAGUGCGUGCUGGGACACCGGAUGGGAUCUCCUUGUUGACUGUCAGAGUUCAGACGGCUCGCCAGCCCUGCUUCAGCCCGGAGGGGAGGCCUGUUGGCUGCGGGCAGGCGCUUGAGGCACUUUAAGCUGCUCUUCUCUUCCGGAGGCUGUUUGGGCCAGCGAAGAACUUUCUGCAGGCUGCAAAGGCGAAGCAGCACUUUCUGAGAGCACCGGCCACUUCUCCCUGCUGCGUUCGGCAGCCUCACAAAAACUCACGCUCUCCUUUCCGCCCCAUGUGCCAGCAGAGAGCCCUGCGGGAGGCAGACACAAGUACACGCAAAGCCCGGGCAAAGGUCAGGCGUGGGGGGGGGGCGCUUCAGCCUCCCUGCUUCGAUCCUGCCGGCCCCACCGGGGCUCCGGUCCUCCCAGCACUUAAGUGGAGCUCAAGUUCUAACCUUCCUUUCCCAGUUAGCUGUUCUUAGUAAAGGUGUUUGUGUGUUUUCCUUUUUCAACUGCGUUUGACGACACUCCCAGGUAACCCCCACGUGCAAGAGAGAGCCGCUUCUCCUAGACUCCAUAAAGGGUCAGCUGUUACAGCACAAAGCUGAGAGCACCUGUGACAUUUCAGCAUCCGGCGUUCCAGCCGGACAGGCCGCCCGUCCCAUCGCCCCCCAGAUCUUGCCCACUCCAAAGCAUACCAGUGCCAGCCCCCCCGUGUCUUCUUGUGGUGGUUCUAUUUUUUUAAGAAAGCAUCUGUGUAAAUAUGGGUUGAAUUAUCUAUGGAUUCUCAGUGUUGUUGAACUAAAUGUCAGCUGAGGUGGGUGUAACCAACUGGCUUUUCCUCUGUGUGGUGUCAGGUGUUGAGUCUGUGGCUGCACUUCUUGUAACCCGUCCUUCUGCAGAGUCUGCUCUCAAUACAUGUGUCUCUUCCGAA